GAAAUGGGACUACCGGCAGCGUAUUUUGAUUAUACUAUUUUCAUUAUUAACAUUCUUUGAAGCAUAAAUCCAGGUCAAACCAUCGAAAUAAAUUGCCAUGGAGAAAAGCAGAAUAGUCUUAUGGGUUGGAUAACGUGGGCGCGGAUAACGCAGUAACGAUGAAGCCAAAAUGUUUUUUUUUCAAUCGGAUUUAGAUAUUUUCCAAUCUGCUAAUGUAGACCUAGGGAAAUUCUUGCAAGAGCAAAAUUUUCCCAUGCAAUAUGCAACAUUGCUGUAGAAAUUUCUAUUGUGCUUAUUCUCCAGAAGCCGUUGAUUCACCUUCUUAUAUUUUAGAGUCGAGCAGUGAAAAUCAGCCACAGCAGUCGUUGCCAUCUUCUUUGUCAGCUUCAUCACCUCUGUUCGCCUCCUUAUCUCAACAACACAACCGCAAUCUGCAGUGGCCUAAAAUGAAUUUUGGAGCCUCAGAUGUAUCAGACUCCUCGGCGUCUCAUGCUGAUCGAUCAAUGCAUACUGCGGCCAAUGAUCCAAAUGCACGCUUGAAGUUCUUUUUGAAACAUCCUCAGCGGUUUAUGAAUAAUCUCGACCAAUUAAUGUAAAUGAAUUUCAGUAAAAUUUCAUUACACAAACAAAGCAAUCGUCCCAGGCAAAUGGAGUCAAUUUAAUCAACAAACUAAAUCGUUCAAUAAAUGUUUUUAUCAAGAUGGGCAAGUGUACAGAAACAUCUAAAUAGAAUAGAGAAGAGUAUGCAGUCUCUGUUUUUUUUUGGAAUUUUUAAUGGUAUAUCAAAACUAUUGUGAGAAGUCGUGACACUUCAGUCUGUGCACCCAAAAGAGAUGUUAAGACAAUAAAUAUAUAGUAAUAUGACAAUAAAUACGAAAUUAUAUAAUUAAUAUUUGGAAAAUACAAACAUGAAAUGUAUGUAUCUACAUUCAUAACUUUAGAUAAU